AUGUCACCAAUCAUGAAAGGCAAACUAAUGUACUUCGACGAAGUAGCCUGGGACAAAAGCGACGAGGAACUAUCAGCCUGGAAAACAAUCCUCCUUACCUCAGACUCCAUGAAAAGAAUAACAAGAAUAAUCAAAACCCACCGAAAAGGCAUAGCAGACCAACUCUUCACCCCGCAAAAAGGCUCCUUCAACAUGAUAAUCCGUCUCCGCUUCAUCGACAGCGCCUCGGCCAUAAUCCGCUUCCCAAUCCCAGGCUACUCAAUCUUCCCAGAAGAAAAACUCCACCACGAAGUGUCCGUCAUGCGUUUUCUCGAGCGUAACACAGGAAUCCGCAUCCCGCAUGUCUUUCACCACGGCAGCGAAGCCGAAUUUCCGCUUGGCUUUGGCCCGUUCAUUAUCAUGGAGUAUAUCGACCAUGACGCUGAUCUGGUUGAUGCACUGAAUACACCCGGAAUACCGGAUGAAGAGCGGCCUGUUCUCGAUCCCAAUAUCGAUGAGGGUAGGCUGCGCUCGGUGCAUAAUCAGAUGGCGGGGUUGUUGCUGCAGGUUGCCAAACAUUCGUUCCCGCGUAUUGGAUGUAUAUCUAAUACUGCGGAAGGAAAGUUCGAUGAUGAGUGGGUUGUUGAGCACAGGCCGUUGAGUAUCAAUAUGAAUGAGCUUGUUCAGGUUGGUGGUGUGCGGCCGCAGGAUCUACCAGGGAUCACGGAAACGUUUGCAAGUGGUGCGGAGUAUUUACUUGCUCUUGCGGAAUUGCAUAUGACGCAUCUUUCGUCGCAGCGGAAUGACGCUAUUGAAGAUGAGGAGGAUUGUAGGACGAAGUAUAUUGCGCGGUGCUUGUUCCGGAAACUUGCUAGGGAGGGCCGGCUUUGUUGGGCUAAUGAGGAAGGGGUGUUUAAGCUAUUCUGCGAUGAUCUACGGCCGGCGAAUGUGCUUGCCAACUCGGACUUAGGGUAUAAGAUAUCCGGGGCUAUUGAUUGGGAGUUUACUUAUGCGGCCCCGUUGGAGUUUGUGUAUAGUCCGCCGUGUUGGCUACUGCUUGAACGGCCGGAGUACUGGGAAGACGGGCUUGAUGACUGGGAGAGGGUGUAUGAGGCCCUGUUGGGGGUUUUCUUGCAGGAGCUGCGGAUGCGAGAGGAUGUUGACAUUCGGCGUGGGGUUAUUGGGGAGGAGAAUCGGCUUUCAGGUCAUAUGAGGGAGAGCUGGGAUAAUGGCGGGUUCUGGGUCAGUUAUGCGGCGAGGAGGAGUUGGGCCUUUGAUGUUAUCUACUGGGCGAGGAUUGAUCGGAGGUUUUUUGGGGAGGGGGUUUGGAGGAUCGGAUUGGGUUGUUAA